AAUCUUAGGCAAAAGCUUCCACGCCGAACCGACACGCAUCUCUUCUCAAUUGACUUCAUCUUCUCACUCUAUCUAAAACAUUACCAAUCUUUCAAGUCUCUAAACCUAAACAUACAAGCAAAGAAAAUCAAAUUUUAAAGUAAAAGAAAAAAGAAAAAGAUACCCUUACCUUAUGUUUCAAAGUUUUUAAGUCCUCCAAGAUUCUCUCUUCUUUUCUACCUUUGUUUGGUUUGGUUUCUUUGUUGUAUUAUAUUAAAAAUUUCUACAUUUAAUUACUCCUGCAAAGUUGGAGCUUGGAGAAGAGUUUUCUUCAGUGAACAGGAGAGAUGGCUAGUUUGGUUGCUGCUCUGGAGCUUCCAUCAAAGCUUAAACCUUCUCUCUUUGUUUCUAGAACAUCAUCCAAGAAAAGAAACAAAUCUAUAGCUCCUGUGGCAAGAUUAUUUGGACCAGCUAUUUUUGAGGCUUCAAAGUUGAGGGUUUUGUUUCUGGGUGUGGAUGAAAAGAAGCAUCCAGGGAAGUUGCCAAGAACUUAUACCCUUACUCACAGUGACAUAACAUCUAAGCUUACUUUGGCCAUCUCACAAACCAUAAACAAUUCUCAGCUGCAGGGUUGGUAUAACAGGUUGCAAAGAGAUGAAGUUGUGGCAGAGUGGAAGAAAGUAAAGGGGAAGAUGUCUCUACAUGUUCACUGUCACAUAAGUGGAGGACAUUUUUUAUUAGACUUGUGUGCUCGACUUAGAUUCUUAAUCUUCUGCAAAGAACUCCCAGUGGUACUGAAGGCUUUUGUUCAUGGAGAUGGUAAUUUGUUGAAUAAUUAUCCGGAGUUGCAGGAGGCUCUGGUUUGGGUGUAUUUUCAUUCAAACAUUCCUGAAUUCAAUAGAGUCGAAUGCUGGGGGCCACUCAAGGAAGCUGUUGAACGAUCUAGUGUGGACAAUGGGACUAACCAGGAAAGUUUAAUAAGCAACUGGGAAUUACUAGAACCAUGCCGAGAGACUUGCAACUGUUGCUUUCCACCAAUGAGCUCGAUCCCAUGGUCACAAAAGCUUCCCCAUGAAAAUGAAAAUCAUGGGACCCAAGAAAGUAUCCAACAACAAAUCUGAUUGUUUAGGUCAUUGUCAUCUCAGUGUUUUGUCUAUAUUUAUAAUGUAAAAAUGUACAGACAAUUCAAAAGUCUCAAGAACUACCAAAACUAAAACGUGGUAGGUUGUAUUGCUUUACCAAAUUUAUCCAUGUGACUGGCUCUCAAGGUCACCUGGAACACAUCUACAUAUGGUAACUGUAGAAAAUGUACAAAAGCAGCACAGCUCUAUUUGUAUGACAAAUUCUUGGCAGAAAUACAAUCUGAUUCCUGUA